AUGUUUAUCGUUCGAUGUCUUUUCACAUCUAUCGAAUUUAGCACACGCAUUAUACAGCCCUAUUCCCGCCUCCGCGAGGGCCUUGCUCCUCCAGAGACAAGCAUCUUCGAGAACCAACCCCGCAAUAUCGCCCCCUAUGCCGUGUUUGACACACUCCGAAAGAAACAGUGGGCGCUAACUGCGGCCUCUAUCUCACUCCUUUUCGCGGCUAUUAACCCUAUCAUUGUGUCAGGUCUCUUUGCUUCUAAGACCUCGGGGCCCACCUCUAUGAAUCUCACGCAGAUCACCCGUUGGAACUUAGGGGACCCUGCCUCUGCCGAUCGCGAGCCACAAGAUUUCGAUUUCGACCACACAGCUGGUCUCAUUCUCAACAUCAACCUCUCUGAUCCACAAUGGACACAUAACAACCUGGCCUUCCCGCAAGUCGCGCUAACUAGCAGUGACCACUUGCUACCAGACACGGGAAUCAUUGAUGUGCGGAUUCCCGCUCUGCGUAGUCGCCUCACUUGUGCGCCAGAUCCGACUAACGGUAGCUGCACCCAAAGAGAAAGUCAAGGGCUGUGGUGUGGGUCUGACUCCAGUUGCCUCUUCGGGGAAGUGUAUGCCGAUGCCACCGCAACAGACAAAGACUGUUUUCUUAGAUUUCCGACCAGAAUUAUAGGCGCUCCACCUCCAAAUGAUCCCACACAUGCUAUACUAUACGCCAAAAAGAGUCAGAAUCGCACUUCCACCAUUUAUCAUUACAUAUACUGCGACGCCACCAUCGAAGAGGUAGAUAUCGAUACAGAACUCCAAAUUCCUUCGCUAUUGAUCGACCCCGACACCCCUCCUCGGGUAGUCGAGUGCUCUACUCGCACACCGUUCGCGACAUAUGGCAAUUCCUCUCUCUUAUUUGCGGAGGUAUCAAGUCUCCUCUUGAGACCCGACCCUAGUUACAGUAAUGCCUUCCUAGAAACGAUUACGAAGGGCGUUAACGGUGUCCAGUUAAGUGAUGUUUUCGACCCUGAUGUACUGGCCGAUCGCGUCAACACGGUUUGGGGAGUUCUCAUGGCCCAAUCAAUCAACACCGGCGCAAGGGAAUCUUUCAAUGAUCCUUUUAAUGCGACAUACUUUGUUGAACCCGCCACCAUGGAAGCACCUAUCUAUACAGAAAACUUCCACGAUGGAAGAAAAUAUCUCGUGCAAAACGAGAUCUCAACUCGAAUUCUAGAUGGCAUGCUUGGUAGCAUGGUUAUAUGCGCGCUGAUGACACUAUAUGUCACGCGCACCAAGAGAAUCAUUCCUAUGAGUUUGUAUGAUACGAAGCCUAGAGAGAUCUAA